CGGCGGCGGCGGGACAAGCAGGAAGAGCAAAGCAAGAACCGCAGGACGGUCUUCGUGGGCAACCUGCCCGUCGGCUGCGACAAGAAGACGCUGCUGAGCAUGUUCCGGGCCGACGGCGCCGUCGAGUCCAUCCGCUUCCGCUCCCUGGUGCGGGAGGACCCGGCCGUGUCGCGCAGAGUCGCCGCCAUCAAGCGCCAAGCUCACCCCUCUGCGCGCAGCAUCAACGCCUACGUGGUCUUCAAGGAGCCGCAAGGGGUGGCCAAAGCGCUCUGGUGGAACGGCGCGGAGAUCGAGAAAGAUUUCAUCAUCCGCGUGGACCGCGUGAGCUCCAAGGCGGCCGAAAGCCACGACCACAAGCGUUCGAUCUUCGUGGGGAACCUCAACUUCGAGCUGAAAGAGUUGGCGUUGCGGCGCCACUUUGAGCAAUGCGGCGUCGUGGAAGCCGUCCGACUGGUGCGCGACCACAACACGGGACUGGGCAAAGGAUUCGGUUACGUCCUCUUUGAGAGUUGCGACUCAGUGCAGCUGGCGCUGAAGCUGGACGGCAGCAAGGUGGAGGGCCGAGCCAUCCGGGUGAGAAGGUCCGCCGAGAAGGAGGCGAGGCGCGCCCCGCCGCCGCCGCAGCGGCGCCGCCGUCGCCCAGACGACACGUACAAAGGCGAGAUGGCCCACCCCCAUCAAAAAGCCAAGAAGAAAACCGGCAAGAAGAAGGCCAGAAAGAACGUCCGCCGCACAUGACUUGAGCGGCUUUUUUCUUUUGGAAUUAUUUUUUGCGGCCGCGCUACGUCGAAGAUUGCGCCGUCUCCGGCAACGAGAAGCCAAUCGCUCGUCUGUAUUCUUUGCGAAUAUUCAACCUGAGGUGGAAUAAAAAUCGCGUUUUGAAAUGUG